UCUGCAGUGAACGAAGUGAGACCGCAAACGAAUAUUUCGCUUUAUCUAAUCGAUAGAUUUACCUAAUUUAUAGUUUUAUUCCAGAUAGCACCCGGAUCAUAGGAUCGCUAAGUUUCAUUUUAAAUGUUAGUAAAAUGGCGGAGUUUUUAAAAGGACUUCUGCUCUCCGUUUUAUCGGAAUACUGUUACAAUGAAUAUUUUAACAACUACAACUUUCUCGAUGUUCCCUGUUUUAAGAGUACAUUGAGCAAAGGAUUAGGUAUUGGAAUUAUAGCGGGUUCCAUUCUGGUAAAGGUGCCGCAAAUCUUGAAGAUUCUUGGAAGUAAAAGUGCAAAGGGCAUUAAUGUCUAUGGAGUGUAUUUGGAGCUCUUUGCCAUCACUGCUAACUUUGCUUACAGUUAUGUUAUGAGUUUUCCAUUUAGUGCCUGGGGUGAAGGGACAUUCUUAGCAAUUCAAACUGCAAUAAUUGCAGCUUUAGUAUUGCAUUAUGGAGGUUCCACAGGAGGGGCUACAAUGUUCCUUGCAACAUAUGCAGGCCUAGUAUCAGUACUAGUCAGUGGCUACACUCCAACAGACAUGCUGUGGAAUAUGCAAGCCAUUAAUGUUCCUAUUAUUCUUAUUGCUAAGUCAAUUCAAGUAAUCACUAACUACAAAAACGGCAGCACAGGCCAGCUAUCAGCUGUUACCGUGUUUCUUCUGUUUGGUGGCUCCGUCGCCAGAAUAUUCACAUCCAUUCAAGAGACUGGGGACUCCAUAAUCAUACUAACAUACUGUGUGUCUACUGCGGCGAAUGCUGCCCUGGUACUCCAACUGCUCUGGUACUGGAAUGUUGACAAACCCACUAAGAGCAAGGGAAAGAAGAAGAGAAAGACCACAUAAAUAAGUUGUUAUCUACAUAAAAUGUUUUAUUGCAAUGAACAAGUACAUGAAUAAUAAUAUAUUUGUAAGGAUGGA